ACCGUGUUUCGUUGCUGCCGGAUUGGAUGUUGAAUUCGGUUUCGUGUUCCCGGCUAUCGCAUCAAUCAAGCGCUUGAAUAAUAAUCGAAUUAAGCAUUAGUAACCCAUAAAUCUGAUCGGAAGUGCCGGGCGCCAGGGAAUUCUCUCCCAUCGCGGUUACGUGACAGGUGUUGCAAUGUGCCAUUGAAGGCCAUCAAGUUCAAGAACCCCAAAACCAUUCAAACAACCGGCUAGACAUUAAAUUUGGUUCAAGAAUUUGUCCGUAGCCAAAAAAGCCAUGGUUGAGAAGGCCUCGAAUGCAUUUACGCUGGAAAAGCUACGAAAUCUGCAAUGGCAAAAGGUGUUUCAUAUGUUCUACGUAGAACCGGUUGUCUUUAUGCUGCUGUUCUCGCACACGCUAUCGGGCACUAUCCAGAGGAACCAAGUCAUCUACCAGACGUGCACGGUAAUCUUCCACUACAAUGAGUCCGAUUGCAAGCAACUGGAUGUGAAGAACGCUAGUGCUGAGAUAAAUGCCAUCGAAACAGAGCUACAGCCAUAUGUGGCCAAUCUUUUCCUAACACGCACCCUCCUGGAGAGCAUUGUUCCAGCUUUCUGUGGCCUAUUUAUCGGCUCGUGGUCGGACCACUAUGGACGGAAACCCCUUCUCAUUGUUUCAAUGAUAGGUUUCUCUGCGUCUUUCCUAAUGAUGGCUGCCAUUUGUGAACUGUCCAGCUACUAUGUUAUCAACCCUUGGUGGUACAUCCUUGCAGCAGUGCCACAUUCCCUGCUCGGCGGGAAUUGCGUUUUCUCGGUGGCAGCCUUUUGCUUCAUCUCAGACAUCACGGAUUGCAAGUCGCGUCCCUACCGCAUGAUCUUCAUGGAGUCGCUAUUCUUCAUCGGUUUGACAAGUGGAUCCCUGCUGUCCAGUUUUGUGUACGCAGCUGUGGGGUCAGCGGCGACCAUCUGCCUUUCUGGCUGCAUAGUGACUUUUGCAACGCUAUUCGUAAUCUUCUGUGUGCCCGAGAGUUUGCACUAUCGCCAGAAACAGGAUGCAAAGAACGCAAUCACCGCAAAUGGAGAAAAGGAUGGCAAGGAAAAGGACUUGUCAAUUACUGCCUCCGAUCUGCAACUUGAGUGUGUUGCUAUCGAUUGUCUGCCAAACUUUAUGGACAAUGAGGAGCCCCAAAAGGAUAAGAAGAUGGAGCUGCCUACUCCGGCGACUCCAGCGAUGAGCUUUGAUGAAGAUAUGCUGGCCAAGUAUGUAGAGCGAUUACCUCAGAAGGCAGAGGAGCGCAAGCGCGAAGAGGCGGAGGAGCUCGCCAAGAAGGCGGGCCUGUUCAGUAUGGUCCACAUUAGAGACAUGAUUAGCACCUGCUUCAAGCGACGCGAUCAUCACGCGCGUGCCAUCAUCUGGCUGGUCACCCUGGCCAUGUUCCUGUCAAUCUUUGUCUUCGAUGGCGUGAUGACUGUGAUGUACCUGUUCGUGCGCGAGAAAUUCCACUGGACAGUGCGGGAUUACACUUUCUUUGAAACUGUCAGCCACCUGGUCCCCAUGAUUGGAGCACUCAUUGGAUUCCUUAUCCUGCGAAAGGUCUUCCGCUUGUCUGUUGUGACCCUGGCACUACUCGCAUUCGCUUCCGAGAUUUUCAACAAUCUAGCUAAGGGCUUUGCAACCAUGCCCUGGCACAUGUAUCUCUCAGUCGUUUUGGGUGUUUUUCGCUCCAUCUCAGGCCCCAUGUGCCGUACUAUAGUAUCAAAUAUUGUGCCUCCCUCAGAUCUGGGCAAGAUUUUCUCCAUCAAGAAUGUUUUGCAGUCGUUCGCACCAUUUGUGGCGGCCCCCCUGUACACCCUCAUAUAUAAGCAAUCGCUAACCACGUACCCGGGUCUGUUCAACUUCGUCAGCUCGUUCCUGUACCUGCUGUCGUUCGUGUUUAUUGGAUACGUUUUACGGAUCAAAUACCGACACAAACAGCACUACGCCAAGGUUCUGAAGUGAGGCGGCGAGUGCGGAUUUGUGGCCAAAUUAACAUGUGAUCACCCCAACCAAGCAAUAAAAAUUUACAAGUGGAGCGAAUUUAAAGAUGCAAAUCCGGAAAACACGCCCUAAACUGUGAGGCAUGAGUAGUUUAAGGCUGAACGAAUGGAUCUUGUUUGACUUGUUUAUUUAUAUUUUACCCCUUAGUAUUUUUAAAUUGUCUUAAGAUAAUAUUAAGAUUUUUCUCCCAUUGUGGACAAUUAAAUUGUUAUGAUUCAGAAAACAA